AUGGUGCGCCGUACCCUAGCGCGCUCCUCGAGGGGACGGGGAUCGCGGCACAACCAGCUCAAGCGCGAGCGAGUAAGAGAUGACUCAGUCCCAGAGGUCUACCAAGAGAUGCUAGAAGAGGCAGAAGCUCGUGAUCCUGGGCAGUUUGCCCCGGACAGACCCAUUAAGAGACGGCGAGUUGGAGACAUGAAGGCAAUCCCGGUGGAAUCCCAGCCGCUGGACCAAGGCAGUGUCUCGGGCCAUGCUGGCAAUAAUGAUGCCCAGCAGGUGCAGACUGUCUAUGACACCACUACUACAGAUGAAUCUGAUGUUGAGUGGGAAGAUGUCGAUAUUCAGCACUCUGCACCCACCAUGCUGGGUACCCCUGCGUCCCAGGCUGGUGGGGAAACGCUACAGAUUACCCUUGAUCAAGAACCCGAGAAGCGAAAAAGGACGGCCCAGAGAAGGAAGCCGGUGACAGCAGCAGAGAGGAAAGUGAGAUUAGAAGUCCAUAAAACCCAUCUCCUUUGCCUCUUGGGCCAUGUCCACCUUCGCAAUCUGUGGUGCAACGAUGAGGAUUUACAGGCUUUUUUGAAGAGAAUGCUGCCCAAGAGAAUCCUCACGCUGCUAAUCCCAGAAGAGGAUAAACCGCAGUAUAUCAGGUCCACAACAUUUGUUGAUGGCCUCAAUCAAGCCGGCGACAUCUUCAGUCGCAGGUUUCGGGUGACCAAGCCAGGCAUGAAGCGUGCACACUGGGCUGAUGAUCAAGACCAGCUGAAACAGAGAACGGAGGCAAUAAUGUCCAAUGCCGAAGUCUUCCUGUCGAAAGAGGACUUUCGGAUGCAGGCCAAGGCAAUGAAUGGCUCUCGAGAUUUCGGGGCCCAGUUAUUCUGCGCUUUGUUGCGAUCUGCUGCCGUGGAGGCAAGGCUUGUUUGUUCAUUGCAACCAUUGCCAUUUUCUGGGACGGUCAAAGACAUGACGCCAUCCAAGGCAAAACCUGGGCCCAUUGUUAUCUCUUCUGAUGACCAUGAUACUUCCACAGAUGAACGGCAAAAGCCCGCGGAUUCUCCCACGCCGUCAAGGAUUCGACGGAUCGGGCGGCCUGAAUUUGCUCCUGCGCGCCCUCCCCCCACAUCUCCGCGCCCAGGCCCCCGUCCGACCCCUCAAGAAUCAUUGUACCCUGUGCUUUGGGUAGAGGCCUUUAACGAGGCUGUACAGAAAUGGGUUGCAAUCGAUCCUGUCGUGACCAAGUCCCUGGCCAAACCCUCUAAAUUCGAGCCGCCUGCCAGUGAUCCAUACAAUCAAAUGAACUAUGUGGUUGCAUUUGAAGACGAUGCCUCUGCCAGAGAUGUUACCCGACGCUAUGCAAAGGCAUUCAAUGCGAAAACGCGCAAGCUACGUGUCGAAUCGACACGAAACGGGGAGGCAUGGUGGGACAAAGCCCUGAGAGCAUAUGAAAAGCCGUUCUUGGAGGAUCGGGACGCAGCGGAGGUCGGUGAACUGACCUCCAAGUCGGCGGCUGAGCCUAUGCCACGCAAUAUCCAGGACUUCAAAGAUCAUCCUGUCUACGCACUCGAAAGACACAUUCGUCGCAAUGAAGUCAUCUCCCCGAGACGCGUUAUCGGGUACGUCGGUUUAAGCAAAACCACGUCCAAAAGUGACAAUCUGGAGCCCGUUUACCGGCGCACGGACGUGCAUCUCGUGCGUAGCGCUGAUAAAUGGUACCGUUUGGGACGGGAUGUCAAACUGGGGGAGCAGCCUCUCAAACGAGUCCCUGCGAGCCGGGGAAAGACCGGAAUGUGGAGUGACGAUGACGACGAGCCCCAAGAGACAACUCUCUACGCCGAGUUUCAAACAGAGGUCUACCAGCCGCCGCCCGUGGUUCAAGGGAGGAUCCCCAAGAAUGCGUAUGGCAAUUUGGAUAUCUACGUCCCCAGCAUGGUUCCACCCGGUGCGGUCCAUAUCCAACGACCGGAGGCAGUUCGAGCAGCCCGCAUCCUUGGCAUUGACUAUGCAGAGGCUGUGACGGGAUUCGACUUCAAAGGGCGGCGUGGCACUGCCAUUUUUAGAGGAAUCAUCAUUGCUCUUGAAUACCAGGAGGCCCUCGAAGAAGUCUUGAGAAGCCUUGAAGACGAACGGCGCCUAGCCGCCCUCGAAGCCCGGUCUGUGGAAGCUCUACGGUUCUGGCGACUGUUCCUCACUAAGCUCCGCAUUGCAGAGAGGGUCAAGAGCUACGCGGGCGAGGACGAAGAACUGGCGGAAGAAUUGGAGUCGGAGCUGGUGGAGAAUGUGGAAGACGCUGGCGGAGGGUUUUUCCCAGAACCCCAUCAGCCGACGAAAAGUCCACCACCACAACUGCCCAAGGGAGGAAAUCUGGCCACGAGCACUCUUUCCUCUGGUGAUACAGAAGCCAGUCUUCCCUUUGCUCCCCAGGACGAUGAAGCCCUAGGCGGAGGAUUCAUCCCUGAUGAACCGGUGGAUGACGCGCCAGCUGCAGAGCCAGCUGUCCUUGUCGCCAAUGCAAACCCAAGUCCGCACAACAACAGGACCCAAACCUCGAGUGAGUCUCGGUACCGCUUGGUUGUGGUGCCACAUCACAAGCCGAGCACAGAACAACAACCUCAACCAAGUACGCCAGAACCAACAGCACCCGCAGAACCCCCGGGAUCAUCUGAGAAGGUCCCUAUUGCAGUAGACUCAUCCACGAAUGGUGAUUCCAAAUCUGUCAGCGUAGAUCCCAUCUCGCGACCCGUGUCUCCCCAGGCGCAUGCCCCGGUCCCGGAUUCCGACAGCGAGAUAGAGAAAGGCUCGCUGCUGUCCGAGGACCCCGAGGAUGAAGAUGCGAUUCCCGAGUGGCUGAUGUCAGACUAG